UUAUUUUCCUGACUUGUGGACUACAAAUCCGUCUGAUCUGAAAAAAUGUGUAACCUCAAUGCACUUGGAGUCUACCUUUGGGAGACCAUAGUAUUCUUCAGCCUCGCCGCUUCCAAAGAAACUGGAGCAGCAGCCCGAUCCGCUCCUAAACUCAUGUCCCCUUCAGACUUCCUGGAUAAACUGAUGGGAAGGACAUCGGGAUAUGAUGCCAGAAUCAGGCCCAAUUUUAAAGGCCCUGCAGUGAAUGUCAGCUGCAACAUUUUCAUCAACAGUUUUGGGUCCAUUGCAGAAACUACUAUGGAUUACAGAGUGAAUAUUUUCUUGAGGCAGCAGUGGAAUGAUCCCCGGCUGGCUUACAACGAAUAUCCAGACGAUUCCUUGGAUUUGGACCCAUCCAUGUUGGAUUCCAUCUGGAAACCAGAUUUGUUUUUUGCUAAUGAGAAAGGAGCCCACUUUCAUGAGAUCACCACAGAUAACAAACUCUUACGUAUCGCCAGAAACGGCAACGUCCUAUACAGCAUCAGGAUCACCCUGACACUGGCUUGCCCCAUGGAUCUGAAGAACUUUCCCAUGGAUGUCCAGACGUGCAUCAUGCAGUUAGAGAGCUUUGGCUACACAAUGAACGAUCUGAUAUUUGAGUGGCAAGAGAACGGAGCCGUGCAGGUGGCUGAUGGGUUAACUUUGCCUCAGUUCAUCUUAAAGGAAGAAAAAGACUUGCGCUACUGCACUAAGCAUUACAAUACAGGCAAGUUCACCUGCAUAGAAGCCCGUUUCCAUCUGGAACGACAGAUGGGCUACUAUCUGAUCCAGAUGUACAUCCCCAGCCUACUGAUUGUAAUUCUCUCCUGGAUCUCCUUCUGGAUCAACAUGGAUGCUGCACCCGCUCGUGUUGGUCUGGGUAUCACUACUGUGCUCACUAUGACCACACAAAGCUCCGGUUCCCGAGCAUCCUUGCCCAAGGUGUCCUACGUAAAGGCCAUUGACAUCUGGAUGGCUGUGUGCCUGCUGUUUGUGUUCUCAGCUCUUCUGGAAUACGCUGCUGUCAACUUUGUGUCCCGGCAGCACAAAGAGCUGCUCAGGUUCAGGAGAAGGAGGCGGCACCAUAAGAGCCCUAUGUUCAAUAUAUUUCAGGAGGAUGAUUCUGGGGAAGGCAGGUUCAACUUCUCUGCCUACGGGAUGGGACCUGCCUGCCUACAAGCCAAGGACGGCAUCUCGGUGAAAGGAGCCAACAACAACAACACGGCAAACCCGGCCUCGCCUCCGUCAAAGUCUGCCGAUGAAAUGCGCAAGCUUUUCGUCCAGCGAGCCAAGAAGAUCGAUAAGAUCUCGCGGAUCGGCUUCCCCAUGGCUUUCCUCAUCUUCAACAUUUUCUACUGGAUUAUCUACAAGAUUGUCCGAAGGGAAGAUGUACACAACCAGUGAGGGAGGGGUCCGU